UUAUCUGUUUUCUGACCUCUUAACAGUUAGUUGUUUAAUUUAAUAUUUAAAUGCAGCAUGUUGUUUUACAUAGCGGCUAGAGACUCUUACUAGUAUAAGUGUUUUUAGAGUUAGAAGCUAAUACACAGCUGGCACGUGAGCUGGAAGACAUGGAGCUUCCAUAAAUCAUACUCGCAGACCUUUUGGAAAGAUUUCCGUGUCAAACUGCAAGUUAUGGAGGAACCUUCAAAAUUUGAGCGAUAUGUGUACAAAAAUGAUUCAGUUUACCAUUAUAUGAAGAUAUCUCUAGUUUUGGAAAAUGGAAACAAAUAUAUUACUGAUGCACAGUUCAAACAACUGAUCACCUGUGGACUUAAAGACCUGUACGGAGAGGUUGGAGCUUCUUUUCCAUUUGAUUUGCUUAAGUUUGAUCAGAACGAACUGACCGGGAUACUGAGAGUGUACAACAGCGGGCUGGUGAAAUUGUGGAGUGCAUUAACAUUACUGGGAUCGUAUCAGAAUGAGGCUUGUGCAUUCAGAGUCAUGCAGGUGUCGCCGUUUUUGCUAGCAUUGUCCGGGAAUAGCCGUGAGCUUCAGUUUGGAGACCAGUUGACAUUGUGAGUAGGGCACAGGUCGCUUUACGUGGGUGAACGGGCCUCGCUAAACAAAACAUUCAGUGCCAGAGACGUCACACUUUUUGCUGA